AGCGCACUUUGCAAUAAUGCGCUCGUGAGGUCGCGAGUAAUAUCGCGACGACAGUACAUUACAUACUUUGAGGAGCGCACGAGAACAAAAGACUAAUCAUUUGCACCAGUGGGACUUUCGGGGGAGCUGUGCUAGGCAACAGCAGAAACGUAAGGCCGAAGGAAAGUUUCUAGAGCCAUUGGCCCUGAGAGUGCUGCGAAGAGGCAGAGAUGGAAGGUGGAAGUUCGUUCAGCCGAAGGUCGUGGGCGUCGCAGUCUUUACGCGUCACUGCCAGGGAGCUCUCAUUGGUCAGCACACGAGGCAAGACCAACGCCAUCGCAGAGCGUUUCUCCAAGUACCAGAGAGCUGCUGAGGAGUCUAAUGCAGAGAAGAAGAAAGCAUCAGUGGAGAGCCUGCCUCCCACCCUGCGUUCAGGGAACCUGAGUGUUCUGAAGAAGCGCUGGGAGCAGCCAGGUCCUCGCCAAGACAGACCCGCCCCGCUAUCCAACGGGCCACCCUGUGCCCRCCUCUCCCCCUCUGCCGUACCAAAACCAACUCCCCUGACCGAGCACCUUCCCCCAGCCAAGUCUCCGGAAUCCCUGAACACUCAGGGUGGUCAAAGCACAGCCAUCAUCCGCUUCCAGUAUCCUGCAGCAGCAGCUAUAGCCGAGGAGGGACAGAGAGGGAUGGAGAAGAAAGCGCAGCAGCCAAGCGAGCGAGAGGAGGAGAAAGAGCUGAUGCAGGUGGAAGACGAGGUGGUGCCAGCCAGCCCCUGCACACCCAUCGAGAAACCCAGCGUGCCUCUCAACAGCUUGAAGAUGUUGUUUGAGAAGGGAGAGGGCACCAAGGGAAAGGUGAGCACAGGACUACACAGCAGCUCCUCCGAGGACAUGGACCAGAGACUAGGAGUGUUGUCCCCUGACAGAGUGGUUGAGACCACCUCCCUGAAGGAAAGAAUGGCCAAGUACCAGUCAGCCGCUACCAAAAAGGGCCCACUAGCACRCACUACCAGUCAGUCAGAGCGAGAGGAUAACAGGCUGAAGGAGAAUGUGCCCCCUAGUGGUGUGGCUGUGAGCCAGGCUUUAGAGUCCUACAGCAGAAAAGUUGCUGUAGCAGAGACCAAUGGGGAUGGCAUGGACAAAUCUAGUUUUAAGGGUAGUACCUCAUCUUCAUCCUCAGUCCACAGUGACUUGCCCAAGGCAGCCUGGAAGUUCUGCCUUUCCGUGAGGGAGACGUGCAUUACGUGCCUAAAGACAGUGUACCCGCUGGAGAGGCUGGUGGCCAACACCCAGAUCUUCCACACCACCUGCUUCCGCUGUCUCCACUGCAACACCAAGCUCAGCCUGGGGAGCUAUGCCUCUCUACAUGGUAAGGUCUACUGCAAGCCCCACUUCAGCCAGCUGUUCAAGGCCAAAGGCAACUACGACGAGGGCUUUGGCCGCCGCCCCCACARGGACCUGUGGACGCCCCGUGCCGAGGAAGAGGAGGAAGAAGGAGUAGACCGGGUAGUGGAGAAGAGGUCUACGGAGCGGGCAGAAAGAGCUGUGGUGGUGUCCCAUCCAGCCGAGACACCACUCUCCCCAGCCAAGCAGUCCAGCCCCAUGGUGGAGGAGUUUCCCCUGGCCAAGGUGACAGACCUGACUGCCUCUCACGAGACACACAGCCACAUUUCCUCCGCCGAGAAAAUACCAGAGGCCCGCAGGCUUAGGGUUGCCUGGCCCCCUCCUGCUGACAGUUAUGCUGGAGCCUCUCCUGCUCUGGAGGGUGGUGGUGUGGGCCGGCCCUGGAGGGCCAAGUGGCCCCCGGAGGGCGAGGUGUCAUCGUCCACCCUGAGCCCCGACAGGGCCGAGCUGAAGAGCCUCAGGAGGAGCUCGUCUCUGAAGGAGCGCAAUCGGCCCUUCUCGGUGGCCCCCAGCCUCACUAACACCAAUGCCCUGGGGCCACGGGAGCACCGCCAUCCCCUCAAAUCCCUGAUGGAGAGGAGGGGGUCGCUGGAGGACAGCUGCUCCACGCUUAAGGAACCAGAACCCCAACUCCAGAGGGGGAGAGAGGAGGAGAAAGAGGGGAGCAGGCCCACACCGCCCAGCAGMAGUGCAGUGAACGGAGAGAUCAGCUGCGAGGAGGUGGAGAGUCUCCCAGCAACGCAGGACAAGAAAGAAGAGCCGAUGAAGAAAGGAAAAGAAGCAGCAAUGGAGGAUGAAGAGGAAAGGGCUUCUUUAAAAUGCGAAAGUGCCUCUCCAGACAUCCUAGCAUCUCCGCCCCCGCAGCCCAAACACAACCGCAGCUCCCAGGACGUGGGCUUCUGGGAGGGGGAGGAGGGAGGCGAAGGAGAGGGGGAACAGCUCACCAUAGAGGAGAUGAUCAAGAGGAACCGCUAUUAUGAGGAAGAUGAGGAGGAAGAGGAAGAUGACGUCUGAAUAGACACUCAGCUCUGAAUCGGACUAGAUUUAGACCGGACACACACCAUGGACACACACCAACAUAUUAUGUCCCUAGUACUCCCUGUCCACUUUAUAAAACCCAGGGAGUUCUUAAAAGUGCAGGGACACAACAAUUGUGAUUUUUCUCUGUUUGGGUGUAAUUUGUGAUCAUUUUGAGUGUUUGUUUCRUUCACAGUAGAAAAGUUAGCAAUACAUCAGUCUUACUACACUACAUUGAACCAAAUAGCCURAUUAUUUUAGUGAUUUCUGAGGGAGCCUGAUAGAAGGGACUGGUAGAUUGUAGACGGUUGGAUUAAAAACAUUUAGUACCGUUUUGUAUUUUUACGCUGGAAAGGCUGGUCUGUGUCUUUUUUAAACUGGGAGUGAAUACAGUUACGAUCUUUAUGAUACACAGCCCUGAUUGGCGGAUAGGAUACACAGCCCUGAUUGGCGGAUAGGGUUGUCUAGACCAGGGUUUCCUAAACUCGGUCCUGGGGCCUCCCCUGAGUGCACGUUUUGGUUUUUGCCCUAGCACUACACAGCUGAUUCAAAUA